CAACGGCGGGCGAAGGACGGCUGGGAAGGCAGAGUCCGUGUUUGUAAAUAAGACCGUUAAAAUCUGUGUUUUAUUUACAAAAGUUAUGCCGGCAAUUUUUAAGUGUCGUACCCAGUUGUUUUAGGUCGUUUUUUUUUUUUUUGCUCUUAUUCCUCGCUUGAUUUUCGUGUGGUUUUACACUACGCGUAAUGGCGAGCUCGGCUAACUCGAAUCAAGUGCCUAAACUGUACAGGUCUGUGAUUGAAGAUGUUAUCAACGAGGUCCGGGAGCUCUUCCUGGAUGAGGGGGUGGACGAGCAGGUCCUCAUGGAACUCAAAACGCUGUGGGAGAACAAGCUAAUGCAGAGUAAGGCAGUGGAGGGCUUCAACACAGAUGAGCAGGCGGCCCUCCAGGCAGCAGCCCAGCAGCAGGCACAACAGGCCCAGCAGGCCACCCAGCAAGCCCAGACACAGCAGGUCCUCCUGCCCCCGCAGCAGCAAGUGACAAGCUGGCAAUCGACCCGGCCUACUGUCACCAGCGCACCCCAGCAGCAAGUCAUUGUGCAGGAUCCUAAAAUUCUGCAGCAUAUGAGUGCAACAGGGAUGAAUGCAGCAACCACAGCAGCAACCUUGGCCUUACCAACAGGAAUCAGUCCCUACCAACAACUCAUCACUAGCCAAGGCGGCAAUUUGCCCCAGAAUAUGUAUCUUAAAACAGUGGACGGUCAGAUCCUCCAGGUGCUGCGUGCGGCUAACGGGACCCAGUACAUUAUCCAGCCUCAGCAGCAGAUGGUCCUUCAGCAGCAGGUCCUUCCUCAGAUGCAGCCUGGCGGUGGGCAGGCCCCCGUCAUACAGCAGGUACGCCCCAUCACACAGGUACUGGCUCCUCUCCAGGGAGGACUCCCCCAGGUGCUGGCUCCUCUCCAGGGAGGCCUCCCCCAGCAGACAGGAGUCAUCAUCCAGCCUCAACAGGUCAUCCUCACUGGGAACAAGGUCCAGCAGAAUGCACAGGUAAUGCAGAUGACAGGCCAGCCCGGUCAGGUGCAGCAGAUCCAGCAGCAGGUCCAACAAGUUCAACAGGUCCAGGGCGGAGCUGCACCAGGAGGUCCACAGCAACAGCAGCAGCCUGCUAUGAUGCUGCAGGUGGACGGAGCGGGGGACACGUCCUCAGAGGAAGAAGAUGAGGAGGAAGAGUAUGACGAGGAGGAAGAUGAAGAAAAGGAAAAAGAUGGAGAGGACGGCCAGGUGGAGGAGGAGCCUCUGAAUAGUGAAGAUGAUGUGAGUGAUGAGGAGGACCAAGAACUGUUUGAUACAGAGAACGUGGUGGUGUGCCAGUACGACAAGAUCCACAGAAGUAAGAACAAAUGGAAGUUCCACCUGAAGGAUGGGAUCAUGAACCUGAACGGCCGAGACUACGUCUUCUCCAAAGCCAUCGGGGACGCAGAGUGGUAAAACACACAGCACAAAGUAUGCGUCCCAAAUAGCACUCUAUUACCUAUAUAGUGCACUACAUAGGGAAUAGGGUGCCAUUUGGAACACAGAAAAGGAACACAACAACAAAAAAACACCACGAAGGAACUCUGGAACUUUCUGUCAAGUUUGAGAAAGAGACUCAUCAAUAACUAUGACCCAGGGAAUCAUAUUUCAGCCAGAGGACCUGGGAUGGGUUGGUUUGGGAAGGAAAUAAACGUAACACACCACCCAAAACUGUGAUACUGACUGAUGCACAUCUGUAUGAAUGGUAUAUCUGUAUUAACACCCAAUACCCUACAAGCCUCCCAAGACAAGACACUGAGGAUUCCAUGCGGCACGGCUGAGGGAUCAAAGGAGAAAUCUUCUUAGGCUCUUUGUUUCACCUCUAUUUUGACAUGACUGUUUUCUCCCACACUUAUAGUGGACCAGAUAUAACCACUGACUUCAGUUGACCCACCCUAAACACUUUAUGCCAAUAGGUUUGAAUCCGGGUCGAAGGUCAGAUAAAAUAUCCAGUGACUGGACAGUGAGUCUUUCGAUCCCAGUUGUGUGCCCAGUGAUUGGCUAGGAAACCUGUCAGUCAAUCACAUUUUUUUUCAGCGACUGGGCACUACACUGUGAAGUUGACACCAGUGUAUUGAGUUAAGAUGGCUGUUUGAAAAAGGCUGACGUUAUUAGCUUCAUCUGCUUGUAGAUCUGGGUCCAUGUCACUGAUAUGAUAUUCCUGCCACAUGUUCUGAUGGUCCGUACUAAAAAUGCCCUCCUGUUUAUCUUGUUGAUAGUGAUAGCCACUGUGUUCAGCAGUCUAGCUCCCCUCCUGUUGCUGUUUUAAUAUCGUUUUAUUAUGAUGAAGACCAACACUAAAGGCAAAAGGAUGUUUUUAUUUUCUCUGAGAGUGCAGUCUAAACAUUUCUUCCAGAGUCAUAUAUUUAAAUAUAUGUCUCUGAUUUCAACCUGUCUGCUUCAUGCCCUAAUCCUGAAUCAUCCUAUUGUUGACUGUCCCUUUGUAAAGAAUCAACCAAUGAAUGGAUAGAUACAAUUAUUGUAAAAAAAAAAUGUCUUCAAAACACUUAUCUGAGAGUUUUACUAUUUUGUGGAUCCGGUCUUCUGAUUCAGUACCCGAUCAGUACCGAUCAGCCAGUGGGAGAUUUGCACUGUCAGUGUCAAUGUAUUGUUCAGUCAGUCAGUGGAGUUUGUCCACAGCCACAACAUGCCCAAUCCUUCUGGCUUAUUUUUCUCCUGUGUCUUUGUGUGUAUUUGAGUGUUACUCGUUUGAGGUCUGUCUGAGUUCACUGCUUGAUCUUGUCAUCAGUUCAAUGUUGUUGGAAUGGUCACCCACAUCCUCUUUCUGACGUUACAGUACAAAUGCAUCAUAUUUUUAUGAUACAUUUUUUUUUCUUUUUUGUAGAUGUUUUUGUUGUAUUUAUUCCUGAAAGCUCAGGCGAUUUGUUAUAUUUUUGAGAGUAAAAAGAAGACAAGAAGCCGCACCAAACUGUGCUCUUAUGACCAUAACCACGUGUUGCUUUUCUCCCUAUGUUUUUCUGUUGGCUGGACUAGGCUCCAUCAUGUGCUGUGCUCCACGUCAUGACUGCUGUGUGUAUGUAUAGCGCUGUGUGUGUGUGUGUGUGUGUGUGUGUGUGUGUGUGUGUGUGUAGCGCUGUGUGUGUGUGUAGCGCUGUGUGUGUGUAUAGCGCUGUGUGUGUGUAUAGCGCUGUGUGUAUGUAUAGCGCUGUGUGUAUGUAUAGCGCUCGUCUGUCUGUCUGUCUGUCUGUCUGUUGUGUACUUUUAAUCAUGAUAAUGAUUUUAUAAAAGUCCUCUUCACGCCAGGUUCAACUGGGAGGCAACUUGGCGUGUGUUCUCUGCAGUUUUACAUUUUUCUUUUAACAGUACCCUUUGCAUAUUUUUUUUCUCUGAAAGAAGUCAACUGUUUUCAGAUUUUCUUAGUGUCUUUGAUUCUGUUUGGGUUUAGUGUAUAUACACAUGGCUGUGCAGUCUGACACAAUGGCCCAAAAGUCAUUCUGUUGAUGAACGCAUAACGGAACAUUUCAGAGUAGGUUCUGGGUCUAGAACAGAGUGGCUUCUAGUUCUAGAACAGAGUAGGUUCUAGAACAGAGCAGGUUCUAGAACAGAGUAGGUUCUGGGUCUAGAACAGAGUGGCUUCUAGUUCUAGAACAGAGUGGCUAAGACAAGCAGUAGCAUAUGACAUAAGCCAGAGCCACUCUUCUGCUCAAGUGGUUUUGGAAUAAAUUGCUCCUGCUCAAGUGGUUUUGGCCAUGUAUUCCAAAAUGAUUUUAUUGUAGUUCGUAAUUCCAUGUGUUCCAAUUCCCUGAUGUCAUUUCGUACACGUGCCUUUUGGAUUUUAAUUUGGCUUGCAGCUAUCCAAAUAUAUAAUGAUAAAAUAAGCAUUUCAAAAGAGGAUGUCUGGAAACUUUUGUUUUCAUGUACCAUGUGUUUCAACUGCUGUUCAAAUAACUGUUUGCGAGGGAAAUGAAUUGUUUGUUUUAUAAAUCAUAGUGUUUUUUAAUUUUAAAUCAAAGAUCUUUGUAAAUGACAAUAACUUGGAAGGCUGUGCUUUGAAUACAACUAAUUAGAGAAAGUAGUAUUUUAUUGAACAGACCCAUUGAGUUUUUUGCCUUUGCUAAAAAAUGUAUUAAAGUAAUAUGAAAACUG